AUGACGACCCACAGGACCAGCAACGAUCAGGACAACAACAACAACGAGAACAACAUCUGCAUCUACAUUACCAAUCGGAUAAUACCGAGAGAUUGUCUCGCUCUGCUCUUCUUCUGCCUUUAUGCGCCCUCGCACGCCAGCUUUUACCAUGGUCCACCAUCUGCUCCGGCUCCUGUGGCAGUGUCCGCUGUUUAUAGCGCACCACCUGCGCUGACCUAUGCCGCUGUACCGCCCACGCUCACCUAUGCUGCACCACAUGCGGUGCAUGCACCGCCGCCAGCUUUCUUUAAAUACGCUGCACCACACCACAUCAGCACGUACGCGGCGCCCGUUGCUCCCGUCGUCAAGUAUUCGCUGGGCGCACCUGUAACCACCACAACCACCACGUAUACGGGCUUCGCUGCACCAGCUCCACCACCACCACCGCCACCGCCAGUUGUACACUAUGCUGCACCACCACCACCACCAGCAACGUUUGUGGCCCGCUAUGCUCCGCCACAACACGCUUACGCCUACCACGCGCAGCCUUCGUAUGCCCGGGUUCAUGUUCAUGCCGCGCCCCCCGCUGUUGCCUAUGCGGCGCCGGCUCCGAUUCCGGCUGAGCUACCCUGUGAUACCGCCUGGUGA